AUGCCAUCAGCAACUGUUCCUGCUGGUUCUGCCAGCAAUGAAGAACCCGCCGCGGCCCCGCCUCACAGGAUCCCUCAGCUCACCUACAGGAAUCGCAGCGCUCCGUCGCCUGCUGCACGACCAUCUCCCAUGCCUGGUCGAAAUGCCGCUCCAGACUGGAGAGCUGCCGCCUCACAGGAUGCUGAUGACGCGAUAACGGUGGUACCGACUACCAAGUCGGUCCCAAUGCGGACCGCAAGGCGCCAGGUUGACUGGGCUUUGGAGCCCGCCACCCCCGCCAUCGCUUCGACGCCGAUCAAAGCAGCACCAGAUCCCCAGACAAAACACAAAAGCAGGAAGAAGGGAAGCUCGUUCUUCAGCUUCCUGGCUGUCAAGGAACCGACUUCUGGGGCGCUGGAACAAUACGCCGAGCUUCAGAGGAAACAGGCGACAGCGAAGGGCACCUCAUUCAUGGCUGGCGUGUCUUCUCAAAAGCUUCCGCUAGAAGUCCCCAGAGUAAACACCAAAUGGGACGGCCUUCCACAGAUGGCCGCCAAACCGGAUUUGAAGCGAGCGAGCACCUUCUCCGCGGGAACGUUGUACGGAGCACGCCGGAGCUCAGUCGCCACAACCAACUCGUCGUCGAAAAUGAGUCGCAGGUCUCAGAGGUCGGCAGAGUCCUCGUUGGCCGAUCUGGGUCGCGCUGCCGCCCCGCCACCUUCGCUAGAGAAUCUCAGCAUCAAGUCCCACCCACGCCACGACAGUGGAACUGGGGUGUACGAGCCCCUCAAUCCUCCCUCAACCGGCGAUUCUUCGAAGCGUAUGAGCGGGCCUCCGGUCGUGUCCACGGACGCAGUACGAGCCGCUAGCAACGACACGCAAGCUCGCGCAGUGACAACGACGUCCAUCGUACCAGAGCCCAGAGACCCAAUGAUCAGACGUGUCAAGGCAACGAGCACAACACACAGGCACAGCUGCCACCUCCCAUCAUCCACGCCCAAAGAAAUCGCGCCGUGGGCGGAACCGGCAGAGUCUCCGUCGGACCCGUGGCCUUCGCACUUCCACCUCCCCCAUCACCACCACCCGCGCAGUUGCGGCAUCGAGGAUGUGGACUUCAUCACGUCGUCGCCCAUCAGCGGGGCGCCCGAGAAAAGCAUCGAGGAGCAGAUUGCCGAUGCGGAAAGGCGGACGGCGUCUGUGGCCAAGGCGGCACGACACCGCGGAAGGAUGCCGCCGUCGUCGAAUGCUGAGGCUUUGGCUCGACUCGAUUCUUCUCCCCGUCCCGGUGGCGACGCCGAGGCAGCGAAGCCAUCGUCGGCGAAGCAGAAGAAGGGGGGGAGUGCUGCGAGCCGGUUUAUGAGGUUUGCCGGGAAAGGUUGA